GCAACAUGUCUUGUCAGUAUACCAUAAUAAUUGUAAAUUAUAAAUAAUAUUGUUUCGUAGUAACAUGACGGCCUGAUGUAUUUGUGCGUAUUUCAUUCUAAAUUAUGCUACUAUGGAAGAUGAAGUAGAAGACAUCGUAGGUAAUGUGAAAUACACAAAUUCUCAAAAGAGUGUAACCACGUCAAACGUGUAUUCACUAGACUUUACUGACAGCACUUCAGAAAAAAACUCUGGUCAGGAAACCUACGUUAUAGACUGUGAUAACAGCGAUGUAAGUGAAAAAACAUUUGGAAUACAGGACACCCAAAGCACUGUAAGCUUAAAAGAAGAAUAUACUACUUCUAUUGUUUUAAAUGAACAAACAAGAGCCGUACAAAGUGAGCCUUUUCACGGAAUCGAUAGAUCAAUCGGAAGCUCACAACAUCGCUCGAUAAUGGCCCAUGAAAUAUUCACACAAACAAGCAAAACUAUAAUUGAAUUAGCUCAAUAUGACGGCACCGACUGUAAUAAAUAUAACACGCUGGAAACUCAAACUUCAUUAUUUUCUAUAACAGAAAAUAGAACUCUUGAAUAUCGUGUAAAACUUAUAGACAGCAAUUCCAAUGCUGCCAUCAUUAACACAGUAGAGCAUGUUCAAGAUAAGGAUUAUAAUAUUCAAGUUUUGACAGAUUCAUUGGAAGAUAAAUCUUCUUUUUGUCGCGAAUCCGACAAUGAUGUUCAAACGAAUGGCAAUAAAGCUUCAGGUGAUCUGGAUGCUGAAAUGAUAAGAUUUAUAGAUGAUGUUAAUAAUUCAGAUGAUUAUCUUAGUGAUCAAAAUUUAACUAAAUAUGAGAAUAGUGAUUUUGAAUCAAAACAAGAUAGUGAUAUGGAAGAAGACUCAUUAAUGGAAGCCACAAAUGAGUAUCAUGUAGGCAAUGAAAGUCACGAAAUUACAAGCGAUACUAGUGAAAUACCUAAAUCGAUAGAAAGAGAUAUAGAAGAACUGUAUCAUAGAAUUACCGAUAAUGUAAAUCAAUUUUCAGUACAACAUACUUCAAUUGAUCAAGAUCCCCAGAAUAUUUGUAUACUGACACCCCUAACUGAAGAAACAACACAUAUGAGCAGUAGUCUAGUAGAUCUAACUCCUACUGUUCGAACAAUGGCUCCAUCAAUAAAAAAACAUGGAAAUAAUACUGAAGAGAAAUACUGUAAAACAAAAGUUCGACCUUUUAGAGUUAAAAAUGAAAGUGCUGACUUAAAACUACCUGCUAUUAAUAAAAAUGCCUCGUGUCCCAAUAGUUUAUUAAAUUUUCUAUUUACUUUAAAUAUCCCCAAAGAAUUAUGCAAAACCAAUACACUUCCAAUUUUGUUAGAAGGUCAGAAAAAUGCAAUGUUUCAUAGAUGCGAUGAUGACUCUAAGGACCCUGCGUCUGGAGAAAGUCCGUAUAUAAGCGGAGAAAUUGAUAGUCCGCAUGCACAAAAAGUCCCAGUCCAACUACCACCAAUUCAUGCUGGUGAUUUAAGCAGCAAACGGAUUUGUUCUAGAAAGAUAUACAAAGCAGAUGAUGAUACCAGAAGCGAAUCUAUAAGCAUCAGAAAAAAAAUAAGAGAACUCAAAGGUUCUCCAACAGUAUUAUCGCAGCGAAGAGCUAAAGUGGAGAGUCGAAGCCCAUCGCCGACAAGCAUCUACUCACCAGACAGAUCCGAACUGUGUGAUGCAGCAGAGAAAGGAUGCGAGGCUUUAUGUUCAGAACUGUUACGAAGGCUCCGUCUUCCCAUGUGGUGCGAAGUAAUGGAGACACUCAAUGAAAUACCACAGGUGAUGGAGAAGUUCUGGCCAGUGAUCUCAGAGACUCGGACUGCAGACCUUAUAAGACAGGUGUCGGUACACGUUGAGUCUCCGCGAACACAACUGGCGCGCUCGGCGUGUGGCGCGCUGGCAGACAUCUUGAAGAACACCAACUAUACAAAGAAGCCGGAUUUCUACGAGGCCAUAGCCAUCCUCCUGAUAAAGACUGGCAGCUAUAGCAGACCCGUGCGACGCGCUGCCAACAUGGCGCUUGAUGACAUCGUCUGCAGCGUGGACCCGACUCCAUCACUGACCGCCAUUUGUAUUUGCGGCACCGGUCACAAGAGCGGUCUUGUCCGCUCUGCUUCAGCCCGCCUACUGGUGGUGUGCUGUGCCGUAGCCGAAGGUGGAAGACUCCUGCUGAGGGGUCGUCCGCAGACUGCGGUGAUGGCCAGGAAGUAUGUGCUGCGCUCACUGUCCGAACUGCUGAUCGAUAAAAGCUUGGAAAGCAGGAAAUAUGCGGAACGUCUCUACGCCAUGUUGCGUCCUCUUCCAAACUUCGAAGCUUAUUUCCUAACCGAUGUUGAUGUUGAAGUUGCUACGAAACAAAUGCGAAAGUACGACCAGAUAUUAGCCGACCAAAAUAUGAUUAAAAUGAUUGCCGAAGAGAAAAAACGUGACCAAGAAAAAAUUCUUCAGAGAAAGCGUGAACAACAUUUGGCUAAAUUCAGAAGUCGUGAACAGGAUUUAGGGAUUCAGAGAAACCUUAGUCAGAAUCAAUCCAGGCAAAAAUGUCGUGAACAGGAUUCAUUCAAACAGAAAGUACGUAGAUGAUUGCAAUAAAUACACCACGGCGGGAGAAUUUUGAUCUUUACCCAUUUCAAAUUUGAGCCAUACAAGAAUGAUAUUAAAACAUCUUUAGUUUACGCCUUAAAUGUUUGUCUAUGCGAUGUUAAUACUAUUAUAAUAAUUAUGAGUAUGUUAUGUGCGUCUUUUUCUUUAAGAAAUAUAUUGCUAUUAAAUUGUUUUGUAUAUAAUUA